AUGAGCGAAAAGUCGGACGACAUCCGCAAUGUCGAGAAUGUCGGAAAAGGCGUCGAGCACGGACAAGAUGACCUUGACUCCGGCGAAUAUGGAGGUCCGUUGGAAAUCCGGCACUCAGAAGACAAACAUGAUCCCUUGAAUUGGCCAUACUGGCUCAGAGUGUAUCUCGCUCUCAUUGUGUCUGGCCUCGGCUUCGUCAACCAACUGGGCUCGGCCCUGAUCAAUCCGGCCUUCGUCGUCAUCGCUGAAGACCUCCAUAUCUCUGUCGAGGAAGCCUCCUACUGCACCACCGUGGUCAUCCUGUUCAUGGGGAUCAUGCCCAUGUUCGUCGUCCCUUUUUCGAAUGUAUACGGCCGGCGGAUCCUGUACCUGAUCUUCACGGCCAUCGCUACGGCAUGCCAGUUCGGAUCGGGUGCGGCGACCACAUACGGUGGCCUGAUCACUGGUCGAAUCUUCUACGGAGUCGGAGCGAGCAUCCCACUUGGACUUGGGGCAGCAACCAUAUGCGAUCUCUUCCCUCAGGGUGAAAGGGGGACUUUUCUCGGUAUCUACACUCUUUGUGUUAACAACGGCCCACACUUGGCCCCCAUUAUCGGAGGAUACAUUGCCCUGAACCUUUCCUGGCGUUGGUGCUUGUACGUGCCUGGGAUCAUUCAAGCCGCGUUUUUUGUCUGCCUGUGCCUAACCUUCCCGGAGACACUGUAUUCGCGCACCGAAGGCUUCAGGUCGACAAACUCCUCGUAUCUCUUGCGACUCGUGCCGCGCGGGAAAAUCCUCGACCGCCCAAUCAGACCCCGGGACUUCCUCCAGCCGUACAUCAUGAUUCGGUAUUGGGCUGUAUCUCUCCCUGCCAUCUACUGGAUGACGGCGAACACGUACGGAAGCACCCAGUUCGGCGUGACAGGGUCGCAUUUGGCGCGACAACUCUACGGCUUUGACGUCGCACAGACAGGGUUGCUCAUGGGCAUCCCGCAGACCGUGGGCUGCAUGGUCGGAGAAGCCACUGCCGGGUGGGUCAGCGAUAUGAUCAUCAAUGCCUACGCCAAGAGACAUGACGGAUAUCGCAAGCCUGAAGUGCGCCUGGCUCUACUGCCCGGUUGCGUCGCUCUGGUUGCCGGCUUGAUUGCUUACGGUGUCUGUGUGCACGAGCAGAAAGCAUGGCCCUCCCUGGCGAUAACGAUGGGAGUGGCCAGUUUUGGGCUCCAGGUGGGCGCUACCAUGAUCUACACCUACGCUACUGAUUGCUAUAAACCGCAAGCUCCCGAGGUUGGCGUCGUGAUCAACCUGUACAAGUCAAUAUUCGCAUUCACUAUCGGGUUCUACGCCGUCCCGUUCGGUACUCGAAAUGGAUACGAUGUGUCAUUCGGAGUCACCGCGGCGAUCAACGGCGCGACAUUACUGCCUCUGGUGGGGCUGUACUUUUACGGCGAGAAACUGAGAAAGAAACAAGGCCGGCCCCGUAUUCAUGAGGAUCUUUGA